AUGGCGCUCAUAGCUGAGGCGACGAAGCUCACGCUUCUGCUGGCGUAUUUGUUGUUGGUGAUCCUCACAAUCCCGCUAGCAUUCGACGUCGGUGGAGUCCAAUGUGGUUUGCUUUACUCGCUUACAUUAUUCAUCAUGUACUUCGUCCUCACCACCCUCCGGAUGCUUACCCGGCAUAAUCGCUAUUUGCGAAUUUUUGGGGCAUUAUAUUACGGGCAGUAUAUUAUCUUGCCAAGUUUGCUUAUGUUUUUUCUCAACUACUGUGAGCAGAAAGGAGCUGGCUACAAUCCUUUGGUCAAUGCCUGGAAAGUCAUUCUCAGCCAUUGUACCCCAACUUUCACCAUCUUGGAGGGGUUUUGCUCUCUAUUGCUUAUUCAAGCAGUGGGUCAAACCCUUCAUUGGUUUACUCGUUACCGCCUGGACACCUGGUUGAUUGUAUCCCUCAUCUCUUCGGGAUGUAUUGUGUCGGCGCUGUUGUACUUUUUGUAUCGUAUCUAUCUGGUGGAAUUCGCCAUUGGUACGUUACUGUCGUCGCUCCUAGGGCUGUUCUUAACUCUCACAUUCGUUAUUGGCAUUUACGGGAUCAUCAGCAAAAAAGGACUGAUUAUUGAAUCGUCGUUACUUUUUGCUUACAUCGUCAAGUGCAUCUACGAGACCUUCCCCAUUUUAAGUCAACGGGCUACGGAGUUGCUUACGCAGAUGUUCACUCAAGCUACGAUUAAUUUCAAACAGGAGUUCCCAAAGAUAUCUCCUCAGAUGCUUCAACGUGCUCAAGACUUGUUGCCAGUACUUGCGCAAAAGCUUCCCACGUCCUUCAAGACGAUCUGGGAGUUUUUGCUUGAUGCUAUUGAGAAGCUCACCGUGCCGUUGAUGGUCAACUUUGCCUAUCGUAUUGGUGUAUUUUACGCAGCCACGAAGAUCAUUCCUCUGUUAUACCAGAGUGCUGGGGUCCACAGUCGUCCUCUGUUGCAUCUGCACCACCCUUCGGCACUGAGUAUUCUGUCAAGUGACUCAACGCUUUCCUCUCGGCCAUCGCCCCCGCAACGACCGGUUAAGCAAUACAAGCCUGGGCGCUUACUGCGGCUCAUAUAUGCGUACUCACCAUGCAUCAUCAUCGCCGUGUAUACCCACCUAAUGUUAGGCUAUCUGGGUUACCUCGAUAGCGAACUCAAACUUUGGGGCUUCUGGAACAACUCUCUGUUGGAGAUUUCUGUAGCUCCGGCUCAAUUUUGGAACUGGGUCAACAUGGCUACCACGUUGGCACUCUACGCGAUGGAAUUACUGGGUAAUUCCAACGAAGGCAUCACCACUCACUGGAAGGUGGACUAG